AUGGUAGUCUCGUUUUCCCCAGAUUCUCGCUCUCGAGACAUUGCCCGAGCUCGGGCAAAGUCUCGAAAGCGAGAGUCUGGGGAAAACGAGACUAGAGGAAUGGAAAUGCCGACAUUGCCUCAGUCCAGCUACGAAUCAUAUCACCCUCAUAGCUCAGCCUCAGCAGAACCACUUCCCACAAAGACCAUAGAUUAUUACCAUCAGUCCUUAGCACAGUCCCAGUCAUACAAAGAACCAAUACACCCUCCUGGUACAUCUAGGACAGAAAAUCAACCUUUACUGAAGACCCCACAAGGCCAGAAGAGAAAUUACAGUCAUUGUUACCGGCCCCUGAGCCCCGUCUGGAGGGGGAGUAUGUGGGGCAAGAUUCACAGGGCAUUGGGGGGCAUUACGCCGCAUCCUACACCAAUAAACGACAAAAAGUAUCACACACAAGAUUAA